AUGCCCACAGAUGAGAAGUCUGAUAGAAUAUCCCUAUGGGAAUGGAUCCGCAGUCAGUUUCACAUGAGACCACCUGAAGAUGACGAGCCCCAGUCAUGGUGGAUUGCAUCGACGGCCAUCCCACUGAUUGCUGCGACAACGGGACCACUCGCCAAUGUCAUGUCAAUUGUUGCCCUGGUUAUGCCGUGGCGAAGCAAAAUUCUCUCACAUCAGGAUGGCCCUGCUGCAAACCCCGUUCAAGAAGGGUAUCCAGAUCCUCGUUGGGACACUAUCCUUAAUGCCGUUUCGCUUUUCUGCGGAAUUGUGGGCAAUGCAUUUUUUCUGUUCAAUUUCACCCAGGUCGUACGCUAUAUCAUAGCUUUGCCCGUGACGAUCGUUAUGUGGUUCCUAGCCGCGGGAAUCCUCUGUGGAAUUACCACAGCCACAUCUAUCUAUGCUCCUCCGGUAGGCAUUGAUAGGACCUACUCGCAGGCUUACUGGAGUGCCGUCAUUGCGGCAGUCCUCUACUUUACCUUGAGCGUCAUCUUGAUGGUCAACAUGCUAGGAUAUUUCCUUGGUAAAUACCCGCAACAUUUCGCGCUGACAGACGAGCAACGAACCUUGAUUCUACAAAUGACUGCAUUGGUGGUUUGGCUAUUGAUUGGCGCAGCUAUUUUCCAGCGAGUGCUCGGAAUCUCUUUCGCCGAUGCGUUGUACUUCUCCGAUGUCACCGUUCUCACAUUAGGGUAUGGCGACAUAACUCCCACCACUACUGUCGGUAGAGGUCUUGUUUGGCCAUAUGCAGUCAUUGGAAUUAUUAUUUUGGGAUUGGUUGUGGAAAGCAUCUUUAAAUUUGCUCGCGAGGUUCACUACGACAAUGUCAUUCGCAGACACAUUGAACAUAAACGGGAAUCCACUUUCGAGCGAUCGAUCGGUUUUCACAAGUUCAAAUAUCCCGAUGAGAGACGCCCGAGUGGUGAAGAAGCUAUCACCCCUCCGGCUCUCACUCUCCAAGAAUCCAAGACUCAGCGCCAUCGGCCUCAUCGGCCAAUUCGCAACACCAUCGAUGCCAUUGCCACGGCUCGCCGACCCAGGAUUAUUGUCAUGCGCGAAGAAAAAGAUCGGUUUGACGCUAUGCGCCGUAUCCAGUAUGAUACCAUGCGCUUCCGUCGUUGGAACAAUUUAGUCAUCAGCAUCGUUGCAUUCGGAAUUGUGUGGUCCUGCGGAGCAGUGGUAUUCUGGAAAUUAGAAGGCUGGACCUACUUCGAAGCACUCUACUUUUGCUUCGUCUCCCUUCUAACCAUCGGUUACGGCGAUUUCACACCGCAGUCGAAUGCAGGAAGACCUUUCUUUGUGGUAUGGUCUCUAAUCGCCAUCCCAACCAUGACCAUGCUCAUUUCCGAGAUGAGCGACACAGUCGUCGCCAGCUUCAAGCGCGGCACGGAUAUAGUCGCCGACUAUGUCGUCCUUCCUCAAUCCAGUGUCUACAAGAUAUUCUUAGCUCGAAUUCCCGGCGUUGCUCGGUGCAUGAGAUCUCGCCAAGAGAAAAAGCGGCGACAGCGCGGUUUUCCACUCGAGGGCGCUGAUGAAUCCGACACCCGAGAAAGAGCGGACCCCGAGAACACUGGUGAUGGUGAACCUGAUGCUCAAAGCGAUAUCUUGGCCGAGUCUCAUCCGCACCCACCCCUCGAGGAACUUGCCCGCGAUCCGACCCCACUCGAGCUUGCCAAACAACUUGCCUUUGCUAUUCGUCGCGUCACGAAACAGGCGCGGGAAGGAAAGCGAAAACGAUACUCCUACGAAGAAUGGGUUGAGUUUACCCGGCUUAUUCAGUUCACUGAUCCGCAGACUCGGCCGUUAUCACAGAGAGACCAGCCGGUAAGGGAGGAAGACGAAUAUGGACUUCUCAAUUGGGAUUGGAUCGGUGAGAACAGUCCCAUGUUGGCAAAACAGACGGAGCCCCAGUGGGUUCUGGAUCGGUUGUGUGAAAGCUUGAUUCGGUACGUGUCGACUCAAGAGGAGAGUCGGGCUAUGAGAGGUGAUGUUGAUUUGACGGAGGAGGCAACGCUAAGGAAGGAGAGGGACAUUGGGUUGGAUGAAUGA